AUGAGAAUCUCGCAUAAAUUACAGAGGCAUAGAGAAUCUGAAGAUAGCACUAAGCCAACCUUUUCAUUCGAGUUCUUCGUUCCCAAGACUAGCCAAGGUGUACAGAACCUAUAUGACCGGAUGGACCGCAUGUAUCAAACGCACCCCCAGUUUAUUGACAUAACAUGGAAUGCUGGGGGCCGCUUGUCACAGUUGUCAACCGAUUUAGUUUCUACUUCUCAAUCUGUGCUAGGUCUCGAGACUUGUAUGCACUUGACAUGCACUAAUAUGCCCGUUGAGCUUAUCGAUGAGGCUCUCGAAAAGGCUUACGUCUCUGGUUGCCAAAAUAUUCUAGCCUUGAGAGGCGAUGCGCCUAUCAACGCGGGCGAGUGGAAGCCAUGUGACGGUGGGUUCAGUUAUGCUAAAGACCUUGUACGUUACAUCCGUAAGAAGUAUGGUGAUCACUUCGACAUUGGUGUCGCUGCUUAUCCAGAGGGCCAUCCCGAAGAAAGCGGUGACGAUAUGCUGAUUGAAUAUUUGAAAGAAAAAAUUGACUGUGGCGCCGACUUUAUUGUCACACAGAUGUUCUACGAUGCUGACAUCUUCAUCGAUUGGUGUCGUCGCGUGCGUGAAGCUGGUAUUAAUGUGCCAAUCAUUCCUGGUAUCAUGCCCAUUACAUCCUUCGCAUCAUUCAUGAGAAGAGCUGAUUGGUGUCAAAUCCAUAUACCAGAGGAAUUUCUUGCAAAGCUUGAGCCAGUCAAAGAUGAUGACCAACUUGUCCGUGAUAUCGGUACGGAACUAAUUUCUGGAAUGUGUCAGAAGCUGUUGGACAGCGGAUAUGUGACACACUUGCACUUGUACACCAUGAACUUGGAGAAAGCCUCUAUCAUGAUUUUGGACAGACUUGGAUUGUUACCGGAUGAAAGCGAUAAUGUCCAAGACAAUGUAAUGCCUUUACCUUGGAGAAAGUCAUUACAUCCCAAGCGCCGCAAUGAAACCGUUCGUCCAAUUUUCUGGCAACGCAGACCAUACUCAUACGUGGCCAGGACAUCGCAAUGGUCCGCGGACGAAUUUCCCAACGGUAGAUUUGGUGAUUCCUCAUCUCCAGCAUUUGGUGAUUUAGAUUUAUGCGGCUCCACUUUAAUCAGACAAUCCGGGAAGCGUUCACUGGAGCUUUGGUCUACACCAACAAGUUUGAAAGACAUUUCAAAUUUGGUUAUCGAUUAUUUGCACGGUAAAUUAAAAUGUCUUCCCUGGUCUGAUGUUCCUCUCAAUCAUGAAGUGGAUCCUAUAUUACCUGACCUUAUUGAGCUGAACGAGAAUUUGAUCAUUACUGUAAAUUCACAACCUAGAAUUAAUGGUGCGAAGUCAAGUGAUCGAGUCAUUGGCUGGGGUCCUAGCAAUGGUUACAUCUAUCAAAAGCAAUACCUCGAAUUCUUGUUACCUAAGAGCAAACUCGAUCAGUUUUUGUCUAUCGUAGGUGACGGUACUACAUUGACUUACUUCGCUGUUGACUCUGCUAAUAAAGUCUUCUCUAAUCAUCCUGACGAUGCCGCGGCCAACGCUGUGACAUGGGGUAUCUUUCCCGGAAGAGAAAUUCUACAGCCUACUAUCGUUGAGAAGGUCUCCUUCCUUGCUUGGAAAGAGGAAUUUUACCAUAUCCUAGAUGAGUGGAAACUCAAUUUCGCUGAGAAUGGCAAGCCAGAAAGCGUGAAACUUCUACAAACGCUUAUUGAUGAUUAUCUUCUAGUUAACAUAGUUGACAACGAUUACGUUUCACCAGACAACACGAUACAUGAUUUGUUGAGAAAAUUGUACUGA